AUGGAGCAAUACUGGUCUGGGAGUGCGAUCAAUAAAAACAAAGGGAUGGUAGAGAAUUUGCAGCGUUGUGGAAUAAUCAAAUCUAGAAAGGUGGUUGAAGUAAUGGAAAACAUUGACAGAGGUUUAUUUGUACCCAAUGGGGUUCAACCUUACAUAGACAGCCCUUUUCCUAUAGGCUACAAUGCCACUAUAUCUGCGCCGCACAUGCACGCAGCCUGCCUUCAGUUGCUGGAGAAUCAUUUGCAACCUGGAAUGCAUGCUUUGGAUGUUGGCUCUGGGACUGGGUACCUGACAGCUUGCUUUGCCUUGAUGGUUGGGCCGAAUGGCCGUGCUGUUGGUGUGGAACAUAUUCCUGAAUUGAUUUCCUUUUCAAUCAAGAAUAUUGAAAAAAGUGCUGCAGCUCCACUAUUGAAAGAUGGUUCCCUUUCCGUGCAUGAUGGUGAUGGAAGGCAGGGUUGGCCUGAGUUUGCUCCUUAUGAUGCUAUUCAUGUUGGAGCAGCGGCACCAGAGAUUCCCCAACCACUUAUUGACCAAUUGAAGCCGGGUGGUCGAAUGGUUAUUCCUGUUGGAAACACAUUUCAAGAUUUAAAGGUUGUGGAUAAGAACUCUGAUGGUUCUAUCAGUAUCCGGACCGAGACUUCUGUUCGAUAUGUGCCUCUCACUAGCAAGGAAGCUCAACUUAAAGGAUAA